CACUCAGCCCAGCCUGCCCUGAAGAAACCUGAGCGCAUCAAAGGUGCGAAGUCAAAGAUUAAAGCGUACCCAAAUCCUCUGCUUGUAAACCGCUCAGCGGCAAGGCCGUGUGUGGAGGAGCGGUGCCGCCGGGCGCAGCCGCUGGCCCUGAGCCGCGCCGCCGGUAGGUGAGGGCGGCCAGCCGGGACGUGCGGCGGAGACAGCCCCGCCGGAGGGGACCCCCGGUGGUGGCCGGCGCCUGCCCCCCUCUGGCCCCCGGCCUCUGCCCGGCCCGGCCCGGCCCGGCCCGGCCCGGCGGCCCCCCGGAGUUGGCAGCGCGGCGGAGCAGGCCCCGGGAGCCCAGCGUGCGGAGGGGAUCGGCGGUGCUCCGGCUGAGGUCUGUGAGCCUUUUGUACCUCCGUACCUAGAGACUUACUGCAGAAGACCGUGUAUUUUCUAAAGGAGAACCCAUCGAGGAUGGCCGCUCCUCCAUCAACUCCUUUUUUACUAAAUUGCUCUUCUAGACUAUUGUGUGAAACAGCGGUGGGGCGUGAAGCAUAACCUUUCUUAUACACAGUGUUUUUUAUAGAAGAGAAUCGAACAAAUACUUAUAAAACUUAAAAAAAUUGUCUAACCUCUCCAGUCUUAAUUUUGUAGUAUUACGUUCAAAAUGGGUCACGGUUUUUCCCGUUGGAGACUGAAGAAUUAACUUCUUACCGAAAGGAAUGCAAAACCUGGUGUGCCGGAGGUAAUCGAGAUCACUUCAGAUUGUUUUAGCUUUUUUUUUUUUCUAUAAACCAGCAGGAAAAUGCACGCUCGAGACUUUAAUUAAUUAAAGUUGUGGUGUUUAGCGAUGGAAAGCCCGCAAACAAACUUCCCGCUAGGUCUGGUUUCAGACCAGAAGAGGACGGGGAUGCAGGAGGACGGGAGUCCCCCGUUCAAAAAAGUAAUGACAGAAAUGCACGUAAAUAGCCAAGUGCGAGUCGUAAUAAAUAAAUUGCCAGCAAUAAAGAAGGAAAACUUGGACGAAUACGAUGAAACUCCUAUGGAGGCUGAUGGGGAAAAUGCCAAGCCAAACAGUACUUCAAUCUCUGAGCCUUUGAAUUUAAAUCCAGGUCUGAAACACACGUUGGCACAGUUCCACUUGAGCAGCCAGAGCUCCCUGGGUGGACCGGCGGCUUUUUCAGCUCGCUAUUCCCAGGAAAGUGUGUCUCCCACCGUCUUCUUGCCUCUUCCGUCGCCACAAAUCCUGUCUGGUCCGCUGCUUAUUCCUCCAGACAGUUCCACCGAGCUCACUCAGACUGUACUGGAGGGGGAAUCCAUCUCUUGCUUCAAAGUCGGAGGGGAAAAAAGACUUUGCCUGCCUCAAGUGUUGAAUUCGGUUCUCCGCGACUUUUCUUUGCAACAGAUUAAUACCGUGUGCGAUGAACUGUAUAUAUACUGCUCAAGGUGCACUUCUGACCAGCUUCAUAUUCUCAAGGUUUUGGGAAUUCUUCCGUUCAACGCUCCCUCCUGUGGGCUAAUUACACUGACUGAUGCUCAGAGACUAUGCAAUGCUUUACUACGCCCUCGCACUUUUCCCCAAAAUGGCAGUUUUCUCCCCGGUAAGAACACCUUGGCCCAACUGAAAGAGACUGGCAGUGCCUUUGAAGUAGAGCAUGAAUGCCUGGGCAAGUGCCAGGGUUUGUUUGCACCUCAGUUCUACCUUGCGCCGGACGACCCCUGUAUCCAGUGUCUGGAGUGCUACGGGAUGUUUUCACCCCAGACAUUCGUGAUGCACUCACAUAGAUCUCCUGACAAGAGGACCUGCCACUGGGGGUUUGAGUCAGCCAAGUGGCACUGCUACCUUCACAUUAACCAAAAAUACUUAGGGACGUCAGAGGAGCAGGAGCUGAAGCAUCUCUUGGAGGAAAUGAAGGAGAAAUUUAGUGAGAAAAACCAGAAAAGAACUCGGUCCAAAGUGGAUUCACAGCAGAGCCUAGAGUUAUCCCAGUGGUAUCCCGUUAUAAAGCAAGAAGCAGAAACUGAACCUCAACCACCCUCCUUUUUCCAUCCCAGUUACUACCUUUAUAUGUGUGAUAAAGUGGUUGCCCCAAACGUAUCCCUUGCAUCACAAUACAAGGACGUUGCAAAAACAGCAGUCAAAGCUUCAGAAGUAACUAAAUCUUCAUCUGGACAGUCAGAGAAAAAGCUCAGUAGCGGAAAGCACAAAAAAGUUGCCUCCUAUCCAGAGCUUUCUCUUGAAGAACAGGAAAAAAUUGACUUGAAAACUGGCAUGGAACAGCAUAAACGUUUAGAUCCACCUGUGUCAACUCAUUCUGCAAGAGGUGGAAAAUCCGAGCGCAUUUCUACCAAAAGCACUAGAGACUCUAAACGUGUUGAAGUAGGUAAUGUGAGAACCUUGUCCCCCACUCUCAUGAAAGACAUCAGCUGUGAAGAUGACAAGGGAAGGAUCAUGGAAGAAGUAAUGAAAACCUACAUCAAACAGCAAGAAAAACUAAAUACUAUUUUGCGGAGGAAACAGCAGCUUCAAAUGGAAGUGGAAAUGUUAAGCAACUCUAAAGCUAUGAAGGAGCUAACUGAAGAACAGCAGAAUUUACAAAAAGAACUUGAAUCUUUACAAACUGAGCAUGCUCAAAGAAUGGAAGAAUUUUAUUUUGAACAGAGGGACUUGGAGAAGAAACUGGACCAAGUGAUGAAGCAAAAGUGUACCUGUGACACCAAUUUAGAAAAAGACAAAGAAGCGGAAUAUGCUGCACAGCUAGCAGAAUUGAGACAGAGAUUGGAUCAUGCAGAGGCAGAUAGACAAGAGCUUCAAGAUGAACUGAGGCAAGAACGAGAGGCAAGGGAAAAGUUAGAGAUGAUGAUAAAAGAAUUGAAGCUACAGAUUUUGAAAUCUUCAAAAAAUGGAAAAGGAAAAUAGAAAUUCAAAGAGGAAGCAUGACUGUGUCUUUCAAACAGGGUGUUUUGUUUUUUAUCGAAUUGUAAGCUGUUUCUGUGUGAUAAGAGAAAGUAUUCUCUACAGAUUUCUAUUUGCCAGACAAGUCCAGAUGAAGAUAUACAUAUAUAUAUAAAUAAAUAAAUAGAUAGGUAUACAUUUUUAGAUUUUCCUAACUAAUGAAAAUCUGCAUUUAUUUGUACUGCUGUUUCUCAAACUAUGAAAAAAAAGAAACUUACGAUUCAGAGUGACCAGUUUCUGUUUAUUUCUAAUGCAGUCUUGAGGACCCUAUACCUUUUAACAUUGUCUGUUAAAAUAUAUUUGGUGAUCUUUAUUUUAGCUUCAGUUAUAAAAAAUUUAAAAAUUAAAAAUUCUGAUUUCUUCAAGGCCAAGAAUAGUUUGGGUUUCAGUGAGAAUUUUGUGUUUUCUAAUUGGAGAAAGUAAAGGCAGCUUUUUAUCUGUAAGGUAAUACCCAAAAUCACCGUGAAAAUAGAUGGAUGAUUAUCAGAAGUGAUUUGCCAACAUGAGUUUUUCCCAUAAUUUUGUUACGUGAAAUCAAGCUGAUCUUUUCAGUAUGUGCUAUUUAACAAUUCAUUCACUCUAAAGCAUUUUACAGUAAUCAUUUGGUUACCAUGCUAGAAGAAGAAAACAACAGGCUUUUUUUCGUAAAUUAAAAAAAUAGAAUCAAAAAUGAAAUCUUCUAAAAUAUAAAAAUCACAUUUUCUUUUAUUGUCUUCUGUACUGCAGGUAAAGCAGACUGUUUACGAGGGCUUGUAGUGACAGGAGAAAGGGCAAUGUUUUAAAACUGAGAGAAAGUAGAUUUAGGUAGGAUAUAAGAAAGAAAAUUUUUAAUGAUGAGACACUGGAACACGUUGCCCAGAGAAGUUGUGGGUGUCCCAUCAUUAGAAAUGUUCAAAGUUAGGUUAGAUGGUGCUUUGGGCAACCUCAGCUAGUGGAAGAUGUCCCUGUCCAUGGCAGGGGAGUUGGACUAGAUGAUCUUUGAAUGUCCCUUCCAGCCUGAACUUCCAUGAUUCAGUGGCUUACCUGGUUUUCAGAUACUAGUGCUUUCAAGAAAAAUAAUAUUUAUAAAAAAGAAAAGAAAAGAAAAAAGUACUGGUUUCUUUGGUACCCCAAGCCUCCAUACUUUGAGCUUCUUGCUAACUAGUGGAUUUUUCUUUCAUCACAUAAAACAGGCCUUAACUGACGUGAUGAUAAUUGCUUAGAAAAAUCAAAUUCUAAGAUAUGGCACUUUGAAAAUCAUUUUGAUAGUUUCUACAUUUGAAUGGCAUGGUAAUGUUACCAUGAAUUAAGAAAUACAGCAUGUUCGUUGAGCUAUAACAUUUAAAAAUGUGUAAUUGUACAGAACUUCUGUUUUAUGUAUAUAUAACAUUUACUUGAGUACUUCAGAAGUCUGAUUCCUGGUAGAUUCAAUGCAUGACUACAGAUUAAGAUGAAGUACUUCUUUGCACUUCUUUCCAAAAAGUUUGAUAUAGCUGACAGGUGUUAGCUGAUUAUGUCGAUGACUAGAAAUGUCUUAGCAGUUUUGUUAUUUCACUACAUAAUUUUAAACUGUGCUUUAGCUCCUGUUACAUUUUUAAGGUACUUAGGUUUAUAACUCUCUUAAUAAUUCAGUUAGUACUGGUGAAACCACUAGUGAAAGCCUACUAGCAUCAAUUUUUAUUCUGAACUAGUAAAACUGAAAACUUCUAGUUCUUCCUUAUCUCUCUGUUAGUGGUAUAAUAGGAUUGAAUAUCAUAGAGACAGAUAAAAUUGCACAAAUAUUUAAAUUGAAUGAAAAAUUAGGUGAUAAAUGUCAUGGAGUCAUAGAAUGAUUCUUUUAUAGCUGUAUAUAAUUUUGUCUAUGGACUCUAUGUCACAUUUACACUGAUAAUUAAGGCAGGUUAGGUGAAAAAAUAUGAAACACUUUUCUUUGACGAUGUUAAUCAGAAAAGAGGAUCCAGAUUACAUUUUUCCCUUCUUCCUCAGCUCCAUCUCCAAAUUAUUACUUAAAGAAGAAAAAGAAAAGACUGUCUUUACAGCAGAGUGAUGGUUUGGAACAAAAUGAUUAUAAAUUAUUCUUCUUGUAUGUUCACCACUUGCUUUAAGAUCACUUGAAUGCUUUAUUUUAAAAAAGACCAAGAACAUGGCUGUAGGGGGAGUGGGCAAGAAUGUCGGUAAAAGUGUGAUUAUUAGGCACUGCAGCUUGAAGUUGGAUUAGCUAAAUUGAUAAAUAAGGAAACACUGUCCUGGGGAACCACAAAGUUUCUUCUGGGUAUUAUCAGAGGAUCAAAAGAGACCGUUUGGAGCUGCUUUUCAGUAUCAGUGUUCUGAACCAAACUUGUUCACUUGUCAGUGUAGAGAAGGCCACGCGGUAGGGCUGGAGUACCGGAUUUACCGCAGUGUUUAUAGCUUAGCUGUCGAAUGUAUGGCAUCCUCACGGGAUUAUUAUACCUGAGUACUGUAUAUUCACUUUUCAUUCAGGUCUUGUCUACGUUACGUGACUUCCGCUCCAAUUUCCCAUUUUGCCACUGGUUGCAGUGGGAGACCAGUACAGCCGGGGUCCGUGCCUUGGGCAGCGCUUCCACCACAUGCCAACCAGGCUCGCUGGCUCCUGCUACAGACCAAUAAAAUGCUGGUGGCCGUAAUUUGUACUAAUAUUUUCACUGCUGCAAAAACUCCAGCAGCUUAUAGCAGUUUUAGCAAUUCCAGCUGCAGGUAAGGCCUCCUAAUACUUCUAAAACAUCUGGCUGAAAAAGCUAAUUGAGCAUUUAUUAAAAUGACUUAAAAAGUAGCUUUGUAAAUAUUCCAUGUAGUCAAUCUGAAGUUAGGAUGCAUUUUAAAUUAUUGUAAUCCUCUUAAAAUUCUUAAAUAUUACUUUCAGGUUCUUUACAUAACAUAAAUAAUUUUCAUAUGUGUAGACUUAAUUUUAUACUGAUUUUAAGUAAUAAUGUAUACAUAAAUGUGCCAUAGAUUUUGUGUGUUCAGUCUUUGAAAGAUAGUUUUUUAGUAAAUUGUAAAUAAUAUGAUGCAAGUUCCAGAACAAAUAUAUGUUAACCUUUUUUCACUACCUUAUGCUAGUUAAUAUUGAGUGGUUUAUUUUACAACCCAAUGUAGGAACUUGGAAUCAGAGCUUAAGGGCCUUCACUUAAGUGCACACCUAAUGGUAGAAGCUAAUUCUGUCACUAGGUACUUGCUUUUAGCCAUGGCAUGCUCAUUUUAUGUAUUAUUGUUUGUUCUACCUUCAGGUUUUGGUUGCCAACAAUUUAGGCAGGAAGUUGUUUCCUCAGAUAGUUGUGACAUUAAGUCUUUAGGAAAAAAAUCCUAGAAUUGUUCACAAUUUUAAGUCUUCAUUAUUAAACACCUAGAUUGAAAUCAAAGUUGCUUAGUGCACCUUUUGGAACAAAGUAGGAUUCAGGCUGAAAUACCUAAAUUGCUCCUAGACUUUUUGAAAAGAACUUUCACAAGCUUUGUGUACUCUAAUGAGCAAGAGAAUAUAAGAAUUGAGAGAAAUUUUGCAAGUCAGAGAACCCUCGUUCACAGAGUAGCCAUGUGUCCCUAGACGAAAGAGAUUUUAUCCAAAAUCUCCAAACUUGAGUCCGUCUGUGUUUAGUUUUUGUAAAGCAUAUCGUUUAGCUUGAGAACUUAGGUGAAUGUAGUUAAGUUUCACAUCCUUCAGCUAAUUUUAUUCUAUAUUUAAUAUAUUAAUAGCCUAGGUGUAAAACCGUUUGUAUAUAGUGAAGGCAUAAUGCAAUUAGUGAAGUAGGAAAAGUGGAGUGGGAGCAUAAAGCUACCAGUGGCCUGAAAAAAUACGGCUUGGUCCAUAUUUUAGAAGUCACGACUGUUUAUUCAUACAUUCUUGAUUUAUACUGGGGGUUGGAUAGCUAUAAUGUGUUAAGAAAUUUUUGGAAAACUUUCCUAGCAUUAGUUGUGAAGUUGGCCUUGAAAUGCUGUCAUGGUCAGCUUCCUAGAAUUCACUUGUUUGUAGAGUAUAUAUUUUGACUGUCAGCAAAGAUAACAACUUUGUAUUUUUUCUGCACUUAAUUCAUGUAAUUGAUCCACACAACAGAGUUUUCUAUAAUAUGGUGAAGUCAACAAACGACGUAAUUACACCUACCUGUUAAUCUGUGCUUGAACUAUAUCAGUAGUUUUAUUUAAGCUGUCAGCAGCAAGCAGCAAGAAGCUGCAAAUUUUGAUCUUUUUGCUCAUUUGUAGUGGGAGAAGUGUUCAUCAGUGUUUUCAUUACAGAAAGCUUGUAGAAUUUUCUGUUUGUUGCAAAUCUAUUUCAAAAAGAUCCUUUUUUUUUUUAGCUUUUGUGAAAGCACUCAUUGCUUACAAAUUGCAUGACAAGUUCACUGUGUGUCUCUAUUAUUUAGAUUUUUCCAUUAUUUAGCUUUUUUUUUUUUUUCCAGAGUUAGUGGUUCAGUUGGGAAAUGCUUGAAAAAUGAGUUUUAAGCACUUCAUCAAGCACAGCAAAUGGUUAAAAUUUUGUUUUUGGAAAAUUGAUUAUAUGUAACAAUAUCAAUUGAUUUUUUUUUUUUCUUCGAAUAUAGAUACCUCACUUAAAGGAAAGCACAGUUAUACUGUAUUUAAAAUAAUUCUAGGAAAUAAUAAAAAGUUGGUCUAAAAUAUUUUGUUGCAGUUACGUUGCUUUCUGUGAUGGACAAAAUCUGUUUUUGUGUUUUCAUACUUGCUCUCAAAAGUAUUUAUUGAUGUUGACAUGCCAAUACGAUUAUCUUAAAUUCCAGGAAGUAGUUGCAAAACACCAGUCUGUUUAGCUGAAGGCAACAGGUUGGAUGACUAUUCCAAAACCAUAGUAAAAGCCUGUGAAAACGAUCAGUGCAUUCAAGGAUUUUUAAUACUUUGCCAAUGAUGUACAGUCUUACUGCUAGCGUUGCUGUGGUUGCAUUACAUGACACACGAAACUGUCCUCUACCUCACGUGAGAUUAACUGAUAUUUUAUAUGGUUUUAGUAAACAAGAGGCUUCUAUCUGGUCACUUAGUUUACAAAUUUUGAAUUAUAUUUAUUGAAACAUGACAUACUGUGCUCUUAGCUUAUACCUCAAUUGUAUUUUGUGCUGUUAUCCAUUUUCAUGCCGUGUAAAUACAUGUACAGAUUGUGGACUCAAAAACAAAUAAAAAACUGUAAUG